AUUUAAUUAGCAUGACCUUCAAGCUGCCAUUUCCGCCGCCCAAGCUGCCGUCACCACUGGUGAAGCGGUCCAAUUAUAUAUUCCUACCCCAGAUGCAUCCAUCACAAUUGAUGAUGCUGAAUUCCAAGCUUUAUACAAGAAGCCAUUCAAUCAACCUGGAAGUUUUAUAAAGUACUCUACCACGGUCGAGGAUGCCAUUGGAUGUCUGUAUGAUAUGGACGAGGAUGACGAUACGUGGUUGAAAGCGUACAAUCAAGACCAUACACCUAAAAUAUCCGAAGAUCAAUUUGAGCAAGUCAUGUGGGAAUUUGAAUCACUUGCAAACGAAAAUAUGCCCUUCCUAAGUGUGGAUCCAUCGCAAAUACCGCCGUUUGAUGAACUUGAGUCCCAUUUUAAAAAGCCAACCUUGCUACCUCUUCAAACAGCAGCUAAGAGUAUAUAUAAUCAUUGGAAAGAACGCCGAGUUCAAAAUGGUGGCAAGCCUGUCAAUGCCGUUUUGCGUUUUGAAGAAACAGGUGUUCGUAACGAUGCCGACCCCUAUGUCUGCUUUCGUCGUCGUGAAACCAAGCCGGUUCGCAAAACUCGCCGUACCGAUCAACAAUCUCUCGAGAAGCUUCGUAAACUGCGGGCCGAGAUGGAAACUGCUCGUAACUUGCUCGAGAUGGUUCUUCGUCGAGAGAAGAUGCGCAAGGAGAGCUUGGCUCUAGAACACACUGUCUUCGACAAGAAAUGUGUGCUUCGGGAUAUGCAACGACAGCUUGGUAUCAAGGAAGAUGAAGAUUUACUGUUUAGUAAGAAGAAAAGGAAGAUGUCGACGGAAAGCGGGUCUGGAGCGACUAUCAAAAUUCCUCUUAACAAACUCAAACGUGACGGGUUUGAUCUACAUGAGAAAUCUGCUGCUGAACUUGCUAUCCUGGCUGAAGUUGAGAAGCGAAAGGAAGAAGACAGUGGCUUUGAAGAUAUAACCGAUUCUCCAUAUCAAGGAUUCCCUAUAUAUUUACCAUCCAGAUUCUUGCGCACAGUUUCACCAAACAAAACUAUAUCGGCCAAUGCACCUGCUCGCCUCAGCCGGCCUAGUUAUCGCAAGCGUAUGGGCCGUGGUGGACGUAUAUAUAUAGAUCGCACUGGAUUUGGCCGUCACCAUGUAGAGUCCGUCAGUGGUAAAACAAAGCCGUCUGAUCCAUACGAGCGCGCUGUAAAGCGAUUUAAAUACGAUUCAGAUGAAAUGACUGAUGAUGAAGAAGAUGUCGAUGACAUGCAAGACAGGUUAUUGCGGCAUCAAUGUCAGCUAUUGACCGAGCCGGACCUCCGAAGUUUGGUAACCAUACCGUUCAUUAACCCAUCUAUGACUUAUCCUCCCGGAGGUAUGAUGGCCAACCGAUUGAACACAGCCGCAAAGCAACCCGUAGCCAAUGUUCAACGACCUACUAGUGCUACGGCCACCAGUCCAUCCAUGACAGCUCGUCCCCUUAAUGGUGCUCCAACAUCACCUUUGCGAAGACAAAAUAGCAGAACCAAAUUGACACCACAGCAACAAGCUCUUGCUAUGACGAAUGGUAUGAUAGCGGCCAAUAUGGCUGCUGCUGUGAAUGCACCCAACAAGGCGUCUUUGCAGCUAGCUAUGCAACAGCAGCUCCAACAGCAGUUACAAGCCUCAGGUGGGAACUUACCAGCUAACAUGCAAGCUGCUUUGCAAAAGAAGAUUCAAGCUGCAGCGUUAAUGCAACAGCAACAACAAAGAGCAGCUGCUGCCGGUACCAACGGAAAUGGAAAUCUGAGUCUGUCGCCCAUCCAGCAAGCCAAUAUGCUUAAAUCAAACGGACUAGGCAAUGGACAAAAUGGAGCUAUGAACCUCAAGUUACCCAAUCGGCCCAACAACAUGAUGCAGCAAGCUUUCAAUGCUCAGCAGCAACAACAAGUUGGUGCACCAAAUGCCAUGAAUCUUGCCCAAAACGCUGCGUCUCAGGCAUCUUCUGUUUUGCAACAAGUUGCUUCGUUACGGAACCAAGCAGUGAAUGGCACGUCACCCGUCAUGAUGAACGGCAUGCAAGCUAACUCACCGCUCUUGAAUGGGUCACCGCAGUUCAGUCAGCAACAACUCCAACAGUUGCAGCAGCAACAGAAACAAAAACAGCAAUUAGCCCAGAUGCAAGCGGCUGGAACGUACGCGUCACCCAUGCUGGGACUACAGUCGUCGCCGGUCAUGAUCUCUGCCGGAGGUAGUCCUCAACAGAUGGCCUUGCAGUCUCCUACGCUUCAAAUGACGGCUCAGCAACAGCGUCCAAUGUGACCGAUACUGUACAAUAUCCCCUCCUCUUUCUCGCCAUAAUCCAUAACAUAAUUCUCCCUUUGAUAACUCCUUUUUUUCUUUUUGUACAAUAGUCGCUA